UAAACACCUUGAGCCGAAAAUUUCAAUUUCAAAUCUGUAAUCUAUCGUCUGUAAACUUUGAAAUGAACAACUUUAUGGCAAAAAUCAAGUAGGCGGACAACUUGUAACAAAAAACUGCCACUUGAAUUGACAUUUGUUCAUCAAACAACAAUAAAAGUAGUAUUUUUUACCUACAGUGUGUUCUAUUUAAUAUUUGUUCAAAAACGAGUAAUUUUCAUAGCUAGUAAGUGUUCGAAAACUGAAAUAUAGAUCACAAAAUAUGGCUACAAAUACUCUUUCUGUUCAUGACAAUAAUAAUAACAUUUCCUUGAGAAGGGUAAAGCUCAGAGAGCUACUGCCAGACAUAGAAGGUAUUCUGAUUAUUGGGAUAAUUAUCGGUAAACAAAGGCCAAGAAAAUUUUUGGACAGAAAAUCUCCAGUAGAAUCAUAUAUAGCUGUAUGGAAUUUCACACUACGCGAUUCACCGUGUGAAUAUAUAAAUGUCAGUUUUUGGGGGUCUACAGAGGUUGUCUUCCAAGCCAACGACAAAUUCCACACAGGAGACGUCGUGGAAAUCAUUAACCCCAAGAUACGUCUAAGAUCUCUAAACGACCAAGGAGAACAAUACCGCCCUAUGGUUACAUCCCCCUAUAGUAUGCAACUGAACGAAAGAUCUUACCUGGUCUUACAUGAAGGCCCAGUCGAUGGAUACCGCAAGUUAUUACAGCUGCCCACAAAACCAUUAGCCGGUUACGUCGCAAUUAAAGACGUUCACUCCAGGGGAGCUUGUAUCAAAGACCUGAAAGUGGACAUUCUAGUAGUGGUAAAAAGCCUAGGAACCAUACGAACGGUUAAAGCAAGAACAUCCGAAACGCUGCAAGUUCGUACUGUCGAGGUAUUCGACCAGACCAGUACUAGUAUGAAAAUUGAAGUAUGGGAGUCUGAUAUCAUAGCGAGGUCAGAAAAGUGGAAGCCACGUUGCACAAUUCUGUUUUUAACUGAUCUGCGUGUGCAGUGGUCGGAUUUCCAAAGAGAAUUUGUGACUAAAGUGACAUCCUCCACUAUUGUAACAGAAAAUCCUAUUGGUAGAGAAGCGCAAAUUUUGUUAGAUUAUGCAAAACAUGCUCCCAUGGAAACUGCCGAAAUUGUGGACAAUCUGCUUGCUACAUCCGACUUGUCCCUAAUUCAAGACGUAGCUUCUGUGAAACAGGUACACGACAGAAUCAAUAAUUUAAUCGAAAAUAAUGCCGUGGGAUCCAAACAAUUUACAGUUUUAAUGUAUGCUCACGUAACUUCCUUCGAUUUGGACGGAUUUUCCAGAGUUUUAUUAAUAAAAUGUGCUCGUUGUAAAACACAGCUUACAGACUCUGUGUGCCAGAAUCAGGAGUGUCCGACAAAUUUCGAAAACGAGCCUAAUGAUGUGGACAUUGCUUUCGAUAUUAAAAUGGACCUUAUGGACCACAGUGGGACACUAGUAGGAUGCAAAUUCGGAAACCAAAUAGCUGAGAAAUUACUCGGCUAUACGGCUAAGCAAUUCGCCAACCUAUCAGACGAUCAAAAAGGCAUACUGAAAUGGAAGUUUCUGAUGAGACGCUGUAAAGUGUACAUAGCUGUAUCAUACGUUGGAGGAAGAAAUCCUGUUAUAAUCACUGUUCUGGAUUUAUCAAUUGCGAAUCCGUUAGAAGUUGCUCAACGUUUAACUGUUUAUUAAAUUUUCAAAGUUAUUUUAACAUAUUGUGCUGUUAAUUUUCAUAAAAUGUUGUUUCAUAUGUAUAAUGUUAAUAAUAAAAGUAUUUAUUUUUUAAAAA